AUGGCGUAUGCUACGACUACCUCACCGAUCCUGGAUGCCGACACCCAAUCCAACUUAAAACUUGCGACACCUCUCCCUCAACCGUCCUCCCUACAUCAUGUUGUCACAUCUUUGCCAUCUGGCCCUCCUCAUUCUUCCGCAACCUCUUUCACCUCUUCUCCGAUUUCUACUCCUACCUCAUCCCUCCCUGCUCCCGGCACACCCUGUACUUUCACCCCUGCUGGCACCCCCCUCCAAUCUGCUAGCGAGGGACUCUACGGCCGAGUGAAUGGUUAUUCCCUACCUACGCCAGGCCCCCUCGAACUUGGCGAGUCCAUGAUGGCCGUUCCCGGAAACACAAAUCCCUCCAGCUUCAAUGACCCUGCUGUGUCCGCCAGGGCGCCGGGCCUCAUGCGACGGAUCUCGAGAGGCGCUGCCAACAAACUCACCCGCAGGCGGCAAUCUACGACUCAAAACGACAAACGGGAUCGAAGCACUGGUCCCAUCAUCAUGCGUCGACGCAGUGAUAGCAAAACUGGCACUCAACCCGUUCGAGAUAGCGCUCUCGAUUCGAGCAACGAGGAUGAAGCCAGCGAGGCCUUGGAUAACCUGGGCGCAUGGGGUGGCUCGGAGGCAUCCAGUCUUCGCAGCGAGAGCCGCAUGAAUAUGGCUCGCGAAGUUGGUCCCCUCCCCACGGUUGCCGUUGCGCCCAAAGUAGACUCCGCUGUGCAGCGGGGCACAGUCCUAACCAAGGUAACUAAGAAACGCAGGAAGCAAGUCCGCUUCUUCCUCGACCUAGAUGCCGCCAAGGUUUUCUGGGAUGUCUCCAACCCGGCCAAACGCUUCUAUAUCGAUGAUAUCAAAGAAAUCCGGGUCGGUGCCGACGCCCGCAACUACCGCGAGGAACAUCAGAUUCCCGAAGAUUUGGAACGCCGAUGGUUCACUAUUGUUAUUGCGGAUUCUGACCGCUCCAAGGGCCGGACAGUCAAAACCUUGCACCUCAUCGCUCCUAGUGACCGUAUUCUUGACCUGUGGAUUACCACCCUUGAGCAUAUCUCUCGAUACAGAAUCGAUCUUAUGUCUGGCCUGGCAGGUUCAAGUCAGAGCGAAGCGGUUCUGCAGGCACACUGGCAACGUGAGAUGUCGAGACUCUUCCCCCAGGGUCCUCCUCCAGUAGAGGAGCAAAGUCUCGAUCUCGCCGCCGUGGAGAAGGUCUGCCGCAGCUUGCAUAUCAACUGUUCCAAGAACAUGCUUCGGGCACAGUUCACUAAAGCCGACGCUGCCUGUAACGGCAAGUUGGAUUUCUCCGAAUUCAAAGACUUCCUUUUGCGUUUGAAGGAAAGAAAGGAUGUCAAGGAUAUCUUCAAGCUUCACACCGCGAAAUCGAAGGAAGGCAUGACUCGGAGCGAGUUUUUGACUUUCCUUCGUGACGUACAAAAUGAAGAUAUCGAAUCCGACCAGGUCUACUGGACUGCUCUGUUCGACAAGUACGUUCGGCGGGCCUCUAAAUCUCGCACUCCUUCUGCAGAAGGAUCGGAGCUUCCUCCACCUGUAUCGCGGAUGAACCUGGAUGCAUUUACCGCGUUCUUAUCUUCGUCCAGCAACGGUGUCUACGCUUCACGUGCUCCCCAGUCAAGAUUCGACCGGCCGUUGAAUGAAUACUUCAUCUCCAGCUCUCACAACACUUACCUCCUGGGCCGCCAAGUGGCUGGCGCAUCAAGCACCGAGGCUUACGUUAGCGCGCUCCAGCAGGGAUGUCGUUGUGUCGAGAUCGACUGCUGGGAUGGCGCAGAUGGACGCCCCAUCGUGUCUCACGGGCGAACUCUAACUACCAGUGUCCUCUUUGCGGAUUGCAUAACCGUCAUCAACCGAUACGCCUUUAUCACAUGCGACUUCCCUCUCAUUCUUUCUCUUGAGGUACACUGCAAUCCGGAACAGCAACUAGCAAUGGUCAAGAUUAUGAAGGAGACAUUCAAGGAACGCCUUGUCCUUGAGCCCUUGAUGACCAACUGCCACAUCCUUCCUUCGCCCGAAGAGCUCAAGGGCCGCAUUCUAGUCAAAGUCAAGACUUGUGACGAGUCCCAGUUUGAUCCCCGCCAAAAUACUGUCGGCUCCGUCGGCACCCAUGGCCGCAAACGCAGUGCUAGUACGCCGUUUGUACGACCGACUCCCCUGAUAUGA